CGCAUAAAACAUACCUCUGCCGUUGAAAAGAAGGGUUAUGAUGCGCUCUGAAAUUGGAACGGAUCUAGCCCGUGUUCCUCAAGGCUUCUGCCGGUAAAUAAGAAUGAUGGGAACCCCGGCCAGCAUUGACUUUACAGAGGUAAAGCGAAAGACAUGGAUUUAUAUCCUCUCCGCCAACGAUGGCCUCCGCGGCAUCUCUGUUACGGCCUCAGAUUCGAACUCCGACAUUCUGGCAAAAUUGCGCAGCAUGUGCUUGACGCCGCGGACGAAAAAGUCGAUCGCCUUCUUGGAGAAGCUGUGGAAUAUCCUCCUGAUGAAGGCAUACGUGGUUGGAAGAGUGAGACUUGAUCCGUCGUGGGACCUGGAGCACCAACAUGCGACAUAUUAUCGGAAGACAUCCAUAAGCAGAGAUGACUUUCUCACGUCUGCUCUGCAUGGUCAACUCGAAAUCCCCCGCGCGUCCCGAACAAUCGCCGCAUACCUCCUAGAUGAAAGUCACUUUGCGAACAUGGACCCCAGAGAGCGGACAGCGUUGUGCAUAUUCAACGUGUUCAACCAGAGGCUCGCCGCGAAAUGGCUCCUUUCCGCGCUCUUGCUAUCCGUUUUGGCUGGCGUAGCUGGUGGCUUCGGAUCGCGCGAUGCCAAUCUGGGAUUCAACAUCGGGACCGGGUUGCUGGCGGCUUUGUCAACAGUACAGGCGAUCUUGAUGUUGUGGCAGACGCGAGGUCACGCUUAGCUUGAUCAUGGACUGUCCUUGCCUGGUAGAUCCAGAAUCUAUCUCUUUCCUUAUCGUCCGGAAACGUAACUGGGCUGUGUUAGUCAUCCUAUUCUUGAACCUCUGGGCACUCUGUAUUCCUUCCCAGCCAACAGCGACUCGCAAGCGUGAUAGAAGGAUCUAUGAGCUCGAUUUCGGUAGCGUCACUUCCAAGGCCAGGUACGAGCCA